UAAGCUUGCUCCAAUGGAGAAGUUGAGCUGUCACGUGCAGACAUAUGCUUGGGGUAAGAAAGGUCUGGCCAGCGAAGUGGCUCGAUUGUACGCUGCUGGACAUCAGGAUGCGCACAUCGAUGACACCAUCUCCUAUGCUGAGCACAAUUUGUCUGUACAAGUGCAUCCAACGAAGGAGCAAGCAGCACGGCUGAACGAUCGCGAUCCGGAGCACUACCCCGAUCGAAACCAUAAGCCGGAACUUGCUUAUGCACUUACUCGAUUCGAGCUACUUUGCGGAUUUCGACCAGCUUCUGAGCUGUCGUCUAAUAUCGAAGCCUUCCCGGAACUGAAAAGUCUGAUGGGCAGCGAUACAUCAAAGGCGUUUCAAGUUUUGGUAAAAGCGGGGAUCGAUGAUCACUGUGAAACGCUAAAAGCAGCUUUGGCGAUUUGCUUCAAAAAUUUUAUGAAAAUGCGCGGAUCACUAAGGGAAGAAACAGUGGGCGUUAUCUGGAAGAUGUCCAAGGAUUUCCCCGGUGACAUUGGCUGUUUCGCACCACUGCUUCUCAAUCACAUAAUUCUGAUGCCCGGAGAAUGUUGCUAUUAUGCUGCGCAAGAGCUCCAUGCUUAUUUAUCUGGAGUCCGGGCUGCAUGUACCCCAAAAUUUGUCGAUACUGAAGCACUGUGCGAUAUUCUUAGUUACCGGAUGACCGAUCCGUCCUACUACAUGGUGCCGCCGGUGAUUUUGAAAAAUUUCCCACACAUUCGUGAAUAUGCUCCGGACUGCAAAGACUUCAUAUUACACGAAAUCAAGAUCGACUCGAGCGCCUUAACAAUUCCAGCAACUUUGGCGUCUGGAGAAGCAGCAGCUGUGACCAGGCCAGUAUCAGCGGUGCCCAUCCCGAGUUUCGAAUGUGGCAGCAUAAUGGUGGUCGUUGAGGGCAAAGGUGCCAUCGAAAAUUAUUCAGUAAAUCAGGGGCAACAAGCAAUGAGCACUGUGCAGCGUGGCGACAUCGACUCGAGCGCCUUAACAAUUCCAGCAACUUUGGCGUCUGGAGAAGCAGCAGCUGUGACCAGGCCAGUAUCAGCGGUGCCCAUCCCGAGUUUCGAAUGUGGCAGCAUAAUGGUGGUCGUUGAGGGUAAAGGUGCCAUCGAAAAUUAUUCAGUAAAUCAGGCGCAACAAGCAAUGAGCACUGUGCAGCGUGGCGACGUAAUCUACAUUGAGCCAAACGCUCAGCUAUGCUUCGUGGAGUGCUUCGAAGAUCUGCUUGCCUACCGGACAUUCAGCUAUGAGAAGGGGCCUGACCAUGCAAUACGCAGUACCGCUGGCAACGCAGUGCCAGAGGCAACCCGUAUUACAGUGCAGAAGAAAGGCCGGGCGAAGUACUUGAUCAUCGACGACGAUGCUGAAAUGUUCAAUAUUGAAACCGAAAUGGAUGGGAUUUGCUGAGU